ACCUAUGAUAAGAUAGCCUAGGGUGCUAGGGUGCUAGGGUGCCUAAAGCUUUCCGACUUUAACUUCAACUUCAACUUCGCGCCUGUAUUUUUAUUAUUUCAACCCCGAAUAAAUUGCGCGACGAAGUCAACCACAUCCCGUUCUAAUCGACCGACAGCCUUCCUCGGCUUUUGAAAGAUGUCGUCGAUAUACAAUCUCGAACCACAACCUACCGCCUCGCUAAUCAUUCAUACAACGCAGGGCGAAUUGUCAGUCGAGCUCUUCGCCAAACAAACUCCUCUCACAUCACGAAACUUCCUCCAGCUAUGUCUUGAUGGGUACUACGAUAACACGAUAUUCCACCGUCUAAUUCCCGGCUUCAUUUUACAGGGAGGUGAUCCAACAGGAACAGGACAUGGAGGCGAAUCUAUCUACGAUGGCGGUGCGUAUAGUGGUGACCUGGAUCCAUGGCCGAUGGACCAGCGUCGCGGGAAGAACGCUGGGCCAACAGGCGUGAAUUUCAAAGAUGAAUUCCAUUCGCGAUUAAAAUUCAACCGACGAGGACUCUUGGGAAUGGCGAACGAAAGCAAACCGGAUACGAAUGCUAGCCAGUUUUUCUUCACUUUGGACAAAGCGGAGGAGUUAAAUAACAAGAAUACUGUUUUUGGUAGGAUAGUUGGCGAUACGAUUUACAACUUGGCGCGCAUGGGCGAGGCGGAGGUAGCAGAAGGAAGCGAACGACCCCUCUACCCCGUGAAGAUUACGAGUACAGAAAUCCUAGUCAACCCGUUUGAUGAUAUGAAGAAGCGAGAAAGGAUAGCGAAACGCACUCAAGAGGCACCGACGGCUGCGAAGAAAAAGAAAACUAAACCAAAGGCCGGAAAGAAGUUGUUGAGUUUUGGUGAUGAAGAAGGGGACGAUGAUGCGCCGGUUCUUAAAAAGGCGAAAUUCGACUCGCGAAUUGUUAUGGACGUGGAUGAAGAGCCAGCGCCUACAGUCAAGCCCCCCAAGACUACUGUUAAGAGAGAUGAUAAAGCGAUUACGUCCUCUAUACCAGUUCGCGAACUUCGAACAGACGCCAAAUCGGACGCGAAACCAACGCCACCGCCGCCAACGAAACAAGCACUCAUCCCCGUCCGAGACGAAUCAUCCCCUGAACCAGAACCACCAAAGAAGAAAUCCGCACUAGAACAAGCAAAUGAUGAGAUAGCUGCGCUUAAGGCGUCUAUGAAGAGGACUAUUCAUUCUGAGCCAAUUAUAGAGGUUAAGAGAACAGCACUGGAGCAAUUGAUCCCCGAAACUUCUACGCGCGGCCGGAAAAGACGGAGAGAUGGUGAAGGGGCUACAUCUAGCGAGGAUUUAUUAAUGCUCCAAGCUUUCCGCUCUAAACUCGGACAAGUAGGUCCUGAAAAGGAGCAGCCGACGAAUGUUCCUGUGGGUGAGAAUGGCAUCGAGCAGGGUUCGGGCGAGCAAAACGAUGAAGCGGAACUUUGCGAUCUGCACUUCAUUGCUAACUGCCAGAGCUGCAACUCAUGGGACAAAGCCGAAAAGGAAGAUAGCGACGAUGAGGGGUGGAUGUCGCACGCUUUGAGCUUUACAGCCGACAAGUUGGGUAAAGAUCUAUCUUACCGAAAGAAGGCCGAAGAGGAAUUAGUCGUAAUUGAUCCGAGAGAAAAAGCCCGGACGCUCAAGGAGAAGAAGAGGGCACAGAGAGAGGCACAGUCUGGUAAUUCUGGGAGAGAAUGGGACCAAGCAAGAAAUGCCAAGUUAGCCAGAGCAUCGGCUCUAGCUGGCAGAGGAGCUAAAUGAUACUUUUUACUGCGGAUACUUCAUUCAUGAUACCCUUGGUUAUAGAAAUUUCUAUCAUCUUCUGAUACUGAAGCAUAGCGUGUUGUAUAUUUUAUCUAUGGAUCCAUUAACCCUGGCGAAGAGGGAAAAUUAUCUAACAACAUGUUGCGUGUCCGUCCGAGCUGAGGCUGCGUGGGGCAUGCAAGUCGCACCGGAGAAGAAUAUUGCAAAAAAUUUAGAGGUGUACAUAUCGUACUAAUUGUUCGAUUUUUCGAUACAAUCUCGCAUCCUGCUGAGAAUCGGAUUUUUGAC